AUGGCCACGCUCUUGAAAGGAAUGGCCCUUGCAGGCCUUCUCUCCGCCGUCGCCGCUUGCUCGACCGAGUCGGAAGUGACGGUCACUUUCUACGGCUUCCCAGACAACGAUCCCCCAAGUGCAGACAUCGCGUAUGACUGUGGCCGCGGAUACACUGCCGGCGGUACCGGUACCUACAGCGAUCCCUUGACAUUUGCCUCUGCGUCCGGCGAGUUCGAGCAGUGCGAGAUCAUCUAUCUGCCCUACCUGCGCAAGUACCUGCGGUACGAGGAUGAAUGCGCCCAGUGCACGACGGUCUAUGAGUCGGGCAAGCUGCACAUCGAUAUCUGGACCGGCGCCAAUUCCGAUGGUGGCGACACACAGAUCGACUGCGAGGACGACCUGACUCCCGAUUCGCAGUCGAUCGUGCUCAACCCGGCAAGCUCGUAUACCGUCAACUCUGCAGCGCUGUUCUCCAAUGGCCAGUGCUACACCUCCAACACCUACAGUGGUGCCGAGGCUUCCACCUACUGCACUUCAUCUGGCUCCGGAACCAGCUCCGGGUCUAACCCGAGCGCGACCUCGUCCCCCUCCUGCUCCUGGUCGGGUCACUGUGCCGGUGCGACCUGCUCUACGGACGAUGAUUGCUCGGACGAUCUCACUUGCCAGAGCGGCAAGUGCGCGUAA